AAUCUUCCAUAAACCCUAAACCCCUUAAUUCUCUUCUCUCCACACUUCUGCAACAAAAAUUUUCAACCUACGAAGGGAGAGAAACACAAAAGUUUUUAUAGAUAAAAUGACUAAACUGCCCUUAUUAAAACUAAACAAUUACAACAAUACCUAAGUCUUUCUUACUCUCUCUUCCAUCCCGCCUUCCUCAGUUCCUCUCUCCCUCUCUGAUCUCUCCCGUUUGCUUACAAUUUACAGCCUUCCUCUCUCCCUCUUCCAUAAUUCAGAUUCACGAAUCAAUCACGACAAACGCGCGGUCGCCUCUGCUCCUCUGCCAAAUCACGAAUCACUCCUCUGCUCGCUGCGGGCCUGCGGCCGCCGCUGCCUGACUACUUGCGUGGCCGUUCGUCGCUCUCGCCUCUCUGUUCGCCGCAACCUCUCCUCAUCUGUCUCCAGAUCGCGUUGCUGCUUUGUUCAAAAGUCAAGCUCCGCCACUGAUAACUAUGUCGUCGAGUGAUGAAGAACAAGAACAGAAGAAGAAUGAUAAUGGCGGAGGAAUACUCGAUUUCAUAAUGAACUUAGAAGACGUUCCAUCCAAGCUCUCUCCACAUCUUGAACUUAUCAAAACUCGCGUUGUUUGCAGUAUCGAUGCUCCUCAGCAUACAGAUACCAUAAAUUAUUCUGGCGCUUACGCAGCAUUAGGAGUUGAUAACAGUGUACGGUUGGACAGUUUCUGUCGAAACUUCAAGGUUGAAGUGAAAAAGUUGACAGAUGAUGACAUUGAGUUUGACAUGAUUGGUAUUGAUCCAUCACUUGCCAAUGCUUUCCGAAGAAUUCUCAUAGCAGAGGUUCCAACAAUGGCUAUUGAAAGAGUAUAUAUUGCAAACAAUACAUCAAUUAUACAAGACGAAGUUCUAUCCCAUAGAUUGGGUCUUAUUCCAAUCAAUGCUGAUCCCACACUAUUUGAAUAUCCAGACAAUGCGGGAGGUGAAAACAAUGAAAAAAACACCAUUGUCUUCAAACUACAUGUUCGUUGUGAAAAGGGUCAACCUCGUAUUAUUGUAAAAUCAGAUGAAUUGAAGUGGUUGCCUAACGGGAGUGAUCUUAUUGCUGACGACACCAAACCAAAUGCUGGUUCAAAACCAAAAACAUUUACAUCUUUUAGUUGCAGUCAAGACUCACUUCCUGAAUUCUCCAAAAGACCACUUGGUCCUACUUAUCCGGAUAUUAUAUUAGCUAAACUUGGACCUGGUCAGGAAAUCGAACUUGAAGUUCAUGCUGUUAAAGGUGUUGGUAAGACACAUGCAAAAUGGUCUCCGGUUGCUACUGCUUGGUAUCGAAUGCUUCCCGAGGUUGUACUCAUGGAAGACGUUAAGGAUGAGCUGGCCGACGAACUAGUAACUAAAUGUCCAGUUAAUGUCUUUGAUAUCGAAGAUAUUGGAAAAGGUAGAAAAAGGGCUACCGUAGUCAAACCACGGGCAUGCACUUUGUGUAGGGAGUGCAUCAGAGGAGGGAAAGAAUGGGAGGAUCGUGUGUCACUGCGUCGUGUCAAAGAUCAUUUCAUUUUUACAAUUGAAUCAACUGGAGCAAUUCCACCUGAUGUGCUAUUUACUCAAGCUGUGAAGAUUCUGGAAGAUAAGUGCGAACGAGUGAUUACCGAGCUUUCUUGAUUCUUAAUUUUGCCAUCAUAUCCUAAAAUGAACGAAAAGAUAAAUGUUGUACAUGAUUGAUUUUGUUAUGAUUUAAUUUUGGUUUUCUGUGGACAAAUAUAUAAUUUAUGAUAGGAAAGCUCAUAGUUUGGAUGUGUAAGUCUGCAUACACAUGAUCUGUUUUGUUUGUAGUGUCCAAAUUGGCUUAACAUAAUUUCUUUUAUGAGAGAAUGCAUUGAACCUUAGGUGACCUAA